CUGCCGUCUACGUGCGGAGCCAGGAGCCAAGGCAGACCAGAAACUUGCAUUUGUUUUGGUCACUCCAUGAGUCCUUCUUCUCCUUUAAAUCUCUCCGCGAAACAGCAACGUGCUUACUUUGACGGGUUUGGCAUCACGGCAGCGGCCGCCUUCUCUUUCAUGCGAUUGGCCGAGCCGUGGGAAUAUUCAAAUACCGCCUUGAUUGAUUGGCCCACAGCCGGUUUCAACAGUGCAGGGGGACUCAUUUCCAUUCCGACAUCACUCUCUCCGUGGCACACACCGCUGGGUCGGCUGCCGAGAUGAGAUACAAGCGGCCCCACGGACAAGACAAUCGGUGAAAUAAUCUUCUGCAGGAGUGUUGAGUGUGUCGCGGAUGCGCAGUUAACGGAGCCGGCUCCAUCCAUGGAUAUAUCUCCGGAGGAUUCCAGAGCGCAACGAGAUAUCAGCCGCGAGAUUGCUUUUGCAGAGGGAAAUACGCCUUCCGAGCAGGAGAACAACCAAUCAGCCGUGGCGAACCAAAGAUAAACAAGCCUUAUGAUAAGCCAAAACUCUCAGGUCUACCCCGGCUGUGUGCAGCCCUAGUGAACUAUCAUGCUGGCCUGCAUCCAGAGGCGGCAGAAUCUCUCGUCGCAGCGCCUGGCCUGCACGCCCAAAAGCCUCGAUGUUCCACCGCCACCAUUACUGCUGUCAGUGCCACCGCUGCAGCCGUGCACCCACAAAGGCGAGCCAGCCUCCAUGAUUUCUCGGUACCCGUCUCCCGCAGAGUUGGAUGCUUUUGCCCAGAAGAACGCCAACAGCCCGCUGUCCAUCAAAAUCUUUCCGUCUGACAUCCGGGUGCCGCAACAUAAACAGCUCAACAAAACGGUCAACGGCUUGGACACCACGGGCCCACGCUACAGCCCCUAUUCGCACCCCUACUCAGGAGGCUACCAGGGUUUGCUGGCCGUCGUCAAAGCCUCUGAAGCGGUCAAAGGUGUGGUGAAGAACUCCGAGGGAAGGAGGACUAAACAUGCAAACAGCCAGACUCCUGUGGCACCGUACAAUAAUCCCGUGAAUAAUGGCUACACAGUCAGACACGGGCACAAGGCCUAUCAUAUAAGCUCAUGUAAGCCCCCUGAUGUUCCCAUUGAGACACAUUGUUCCAGCGGAGGGAUGGCCUCUGGAGAUCAGAGCCAGGCCCCCCAGUCUGAGCUGGCGGAGGUUCACAGCCUGAUGAGGCAGAUGAGCAGAGUUCCCCACAGCCAGGCCCUGCAGCUGGGGGGAGAGGCCCGAGCCAGCCCCUCUCUGCAGGCCGUGGCUGCCGUGGCACAUCCAGACUCAGACUUUGUCCCGGGGGUGCCGCCCCACAGCAGUCUGGCAUUCACGGGGGCAGUAAUACCUACGCAGAGUGCAGACAUAGCCAAAGCUGGGUACUUGGAGAAAGGAGACUACACAGUGUGGCGGCAGCAGCAGCAUCAGCCCUAUCAGCAGGGAGCAGUGAGGAUGUACAGUGUGAGUAACGGCGCUCAGGGGCACAGAGCAGCAGAGGCUGGCCAGCCUCCUGAAACCUGCCUUCCGCUGAGCCGCUCCUCGCAGCUGACAUAUCGGCUGCAUCCUGGCCAGGAACGGGUCGGCGGCUCCUCUCUAAACCGCGCCGCCAUGCAGGGGGAGCUCCCCGUCGGACAGUACUUCGCUCCACUGUGGGACGCCGUCGUGGCCACCCCUCAUAGCGACUGUUAUACUUCUCAGGUGCUGGCAACGGGUACAUGCGCAGCCAGGCCUAGGGACCUGGGGCUCUCUCAUCCCCACCACCACCCAAACCGCCACCACCACCACCACCACCACCACCACCACCCACAGCAACACCAGCCACAGCUCCGCCCGCCUCUCCCUCCUCACGCCCAGGCCUACAGCACAGACCAAAACCUCUGCUGCGGGCUGUCCAGCUCUAGCCUGUGCCACGCUGCAGUACUCAGCAGCAGCCUGCAGUCUCUGGAGUGCCUCAUCAGUGAGAUCCACCCUCCCUGCAUCAAAGAGCGCAUGCUGGGCCGUGGGUACGAAGCCAUGGGGAUGCCUCAGCUGCUGGAGCACCACCAGCAAGCGCACAUCCAGCUCCCCGUCUAUAGAUAAAGACGCGGCGCUGUGACACGGCGGGACGCUGAUGUGACAGAACCUUUCUAUAGACGACAGAGAUGGAAGUGUGUCAGUUUAGACAUCUGUGAGAACGAGACAUGCCUUUUCAGUUUGUGCAUGUGCCGUGUUUGUAGAAGGCUUUGUGUUGUAAGCCUGGAAAGGGGUAAACGAUAAUCACAACUAAAGAUACAGGUUUGUCUUGUGGACUUUUCAUGUUUUAUUUUUAUAUCUUAAAUGGCCAUCAAAUAUGCCUGCUGUUCCUCGUCUAAUACUGAUGCUGAGCACCCAAUCAGAAUUUCCCCUCACCAUUUGAACAUGAACUGUAUAUUUUGCGGGAGAUCGAAAAAACUUACUGAACUGAAAAUAAUCAUUGGUACCCGACUAAAAACUUGAAUCUGGGGAAGGAUCGCUGGUUUUUGUGAAUAUAAUGUAUAUUUUUACAUAAAAUGGCUUCUUAUUUCGGAGGGAACGUUCCUUGAUUAUUAUCUGAACUUCUGGUCGUUUGCUGCUUCGCUGUGGAUUUAGUUUUUUUUGGCCACUGCAGCGCCCCAGCUUCUGCUACAUGAUGCAAAUUUCCACAGCCACUGUAAGGGGGAAACAUUUUGAUAAUUUGCAUACAAAUGUGAAUAAUAUUUUUUUGUUAUGUAACUUGAAGGAGCACUAUGUAGUUCUGGAGAAGACAUUCAAGCAUGGAAUAUUAAUAUUUACAAUAUUAAUGAAGC